AUCAUAGCCAAGCCGAUGGCGGAAGGCCACAGCCUACCGCAGUAUUCCAGGGCCAUAGUUCGCGAGAUUCCUGACUCCAUUCGGGACCACUCCGAGGCAUUCAAGUGGAAGAAAAGACGAUCAAAGGACAUCAUAGACCUGGUCAAAGCUCGGGAGGAUCACGCGCGUUACACCCAGACCCUGCGGGACCUGGGACUGGACGUGAUGACCGUUCUGCCGGCGGACGAGUCCACUCCGGACUGUCCGUUUGUGGAGGACACCUGUGUGGUGGUCGGCAACAGGGCGCUGGUCACCAGGCCUGUAGAUACAGUACGUCGGAAAGAGGUCGACUGUGUAGAGAAGUUACUGAAGGACUCGGGUUUGGAGGUACACAGGAUACGGGACAAGGGAGCAACUCUGGAGGGCGGUGACGUCAUAUUUACAGGAAAAGAAUUCUUCGUGGGUGACUCGACACAGUCCAAUAACGCUGGUCGGAAGAUCCUAGCGGAGACUUUCCCUGACUACCCCGUGACCUCCAUCCCUGUUCAGCCGCCAGAGUUCCACCUGAAAGGGGUGGUGUGCUGCGCGGGGCCGGGCGUUAUCGCUGUCGGGAACCAUAAGUCGGGACGGAAGGCCUGGGAGAUCAUACGUAAAAGCAGCGGUUGCACGUACGAAGCGUUGUGGGUUCCUGACUACCUGGGUCUGAACUGUAUCCACGUGAACGGGACCGUUAUACACUGCAGGGCGGAGGACUGGCCCAACAGCUGUAAGGCGUUUGCAGACAAGCUCCCGGAGGUCAAGCGAAUCGAACUGACAGUGGGGGAGCUGAAGAAGGUGGACGCCGGGCUGUCAUGCUGCUCGGUUCUGUUCUAAGACUAAAUAAGUCGCAUUAAUAGAUUUAACAAAAGAUAUCUAUAUAUGGUAAAUUAUGGUUUGCAGACGAAAGUGUCUUACAAUCCGAGGCAUUUCGUGAAUAACGAUCAUGUCAGUUAGAACCCGAUGUAACACCAUCCUUUAUUUGGGAAACAUAGUUUUAUAGUAUUGCUUCAAAAUAACAUUGUUUUACUUCUGUAUUGAUAUGUAUUUUAUUCAGAAAUAUAUAUUUUUCAGAAGCAUGUAUGUAUAUAUAUAUUCACAGUUUAACAUAGCAGAUAUCACAUCCCCUUACACAGACAUCGGCAACUGUUUUUAUUUUGUAAUCUUUAACUUUUCUUAAUGGACCAGACAUGUUGUUGAUGGUG